AAUUUGUCCACAUCUUUCCUGAAGUGUCAUGCUCUGAACUGGACACAGUACUCCAGUUGAGGCCUUACCACUGCUGAGCAGAGUGUAAGAAUUACUUCUCACAUCUUGCUUACAAUACUCCUGCUAAUACAUCCCAGAAUGACGUUCGCUUUUUUUGCAUCCACAGGCAGGGACACACCCAACUGAGUUACAUGAAUGCUUUCCCCAGACACUCGUUAACUAACAAUAGAGAGGCUCCAGGCAGUUCCCCCAGAUCCUAACCAUGCAACCCUGAGCUGUACCAUCUUGCACUGGUCAGAAGCCUGAUCAGUGUACCUUUAUUACCCAGUCCACCCUUCCCUCAAUGUGGAGAGGACAUGCACCAGUUUUUGUUCCUGAGCUGAGGUUUCCCAAGCACUUGAAGCCAAAUACACUGCUUUAGGUAAAACAUAAAACAGGUUUAUUAACUACGGAUAGAUUUUAAAUGAUUAUAAGUGGUAGGCAUAAAAGGACAGAGAUGGUCACCAAAGAAAAUAAAAAUAAGUGCACAAUCUAAAUCUUAAUCCUUAUUACACUAAGCAGUAUUCCAGUCAUGUGAAUGAACCUAUGAUGCCAAUUGUGUUGUAAUUGUGGUUUUUCACUAGUAUUUCUAGUUCUUCCUGUGUAUUUCCCAUACUUCUUGCAUUAGAAUGCAGACCUCUAAGAUGUUCAUUAAAUUUUCCCUCUAUAUUCCCUCUGGUCUCUCCUUUGUCCGCACUGUGAUUGCUCAUGUUCCCCCCAGAUUCUGACUCUUCAUCCAGGUCUCCAUGUUCUGAACUUACCUGUGGCCUUUUGUCUCCUGCUCCCAUCAAACCUAGUUUAAAGCCUGCCUAGCCAGUCUGUAUCAAAAGAUACUCUUCCCCUUCAUUGAUAGAUGGACCCCAUAUAUGCUCAGAAGUCCUUCUUCUUGGAACAGCACCCCACGGCUGAGGAAGCUGAAGCCCCUUUGGCAAUACCAUCCACACAGCCAUGCAUUUAGCUCCAGGGUCCUCAGAACAUAUACUGUCUAGCCCAGUAUCUAGCUACCUGCCCUAUUGGGAAGCACGCUAUUGACGAGAUACUCAGCUGGCAUAGAUUGGUGCAGCUCCGUGAAAUUCAGUGGAGCUAUGCUGAUUUAUACAAGUGAGGAUAUGGUGCUACAGGCCCAUCUAGUCUGAUAUACCACCAUCUACCAAACAGGAACUGAACAGUGGGGAGCUUUUAUUAAUAGGUAACUAUUAUUAGAUACCUACUCUGUUAUGUUACUAAAAUUUAGUAAAAACUUUCUUCACGAGUAAUGCAAUGUAAUUGAUAAACACCAUUUUGACUGUCUAAAUUCUCAUGGUUUAGUUUGAAAUUUGACCCAUUCUGUCCAGUGUUGAGAAGUGCCAGUGUACAUUAAGCAAGGAUGUUCUAAACUUUGAGAUCAUUCCACAGGGACAAGAUGAACUGGCAACUGGUCAUUCUUGGAUUAGUCAUCCUGCCCAUUAAACUAGUAGGGACAUCCUUGUUUCUCAUCUAUUUUCCACAGAUCUUCCCCAGGCCGGGCUCUCAAGGGACCCUCAAUUCCACAACUGAGAGGAACAUAACAGUUCUACAGACUACCCCAGACCUGCCUAAGACGCAACCUGAUUCCAGCACAAUCACAACUACAGUUCGCGACAGAACAGUCAUGUCCCCUUCUACAGCUAAGCCCCUACAGUGGGAGGGGCACCGAGGGAAUUACUACUUAUUUUCUAAAGCCAAAGAGGUCUGGAGUUCCAGCCGAACAGAGUGUGAUGACCAGAGCUCGGAUCUAGUUGUCAUCAGUGACAGAAAAGAGAUGGAGUUUCUUCGUAAUAAAACAAGGGAUGCUGAUUAUUUCAUUGGACUAACUUACUCAGAGAUGGAGAAGAGAUGGUACUGGAUUGACAAGACAGAGCUUACGAGAGACCUAUUUACUCUGAAACCAAACACAUUGGAGUAUGAAAAUGACUGUGCAGUUAUCAGAGCUGGAGAAGUGAGUCCUGCAUCUUGUCACCAACAAAACCAGUGGAUCUGUGAGAAGACAAUGAAAUAACUCUUUUUAUGUUGGGAGAGUCCCAGCACAGAUAGUUUGUGGCACUGGAAUCCAACUGGGGCAUUUCCCCCUAAUCUCAGACACAAAUAUGCACAUGUAUUCUCAUUUUAUAAUAAGAGGAACCAUAACAUGAUCCUGGCCUAUGGAACUUUUUAUUUUCUAUCCACGACAAAUUCCAGACCAAUGUAUGCAUUCUCGACACCAUUUCUGGAUGCAUUUUCAUCAGCACGUUGUAGGAAGAGUAAUGGAGGACUUCAUUUUCUGUAAUAAGGAUACUUCACCAACCUUAAUGACUCAAUUAGGCAUCUGAUAGACUGACCUCCAUGGAGGGUCACACGUGCUGAAAGGGUAUAGGGUGCAAGAACUACUCAAGGGCCAGGGAAGAUCACAGCUCCUACACAUGGACUGCUCUCUGCAGAGCAGAGGUGGGAAUGAAGCAGGACCAUAGCCCUAGCUCCUCCUCCCAGCGUUGUCCAAAAGAAUUGGGCCCUAAUCCACAAAGAGACUUAGGCAUGGCAAUGCAGUCCAGUUCAAUGCCUAAACUUUAGGUGUCUGGCUACCCAGUGGAAUCCACAAAACCUGAGUUGGGCACACAGGCUCCCUAUAAAAUGCAUGGGGAAAGAUACGUGCCUGAGAAUGGGAUCCACAAAAGCCCACACACUAGGGCAUGGAGCUGUCUAACCAACCACUAGCAGAUACUGAGGAGAGGGGUAUGUCCUAAGAAUCACCCCUCUCUGGGUCUUAGGCACCUAAAUCCAGGAUGGAAGGAGGCUCUUAUAUCUGCUUGGGAUUCACAGCCUGGAAUUGUCUCCUGGAAUCAUGCUCUUAAGCCAUUUUUUGCCAGAAAUGCAGUGGCACAUGCCUAAGUCCAUACCAACUGGCUGGGCAGGGGGGAAGGGAGGACCUCCUUUAUAAACUUUCACCCAGCGGUUAUAGCACUCACUUGGGAUGUGGGAGACACUAGUUCAGUUCCCCCCUGGGGCUGAGGAGAAGGAAUUUGAAUGUGGGUUUCCCACCUCUUUGACGAAUGCCCCAAUCACAGAACUAUAGAGCCAUUGUCUUGCUGGCCCAGUGUAUAUUUUGUGUAUAAAUAAUUAUAUAACAGCUUCAAGAGGCAAGUGUGAGAGAGCCCUAUAUCAAAACAUCCCAUCGUCCAGUGGCUAGGGCAGUCUCUUGGAAGACUUAAAACCUAAAUUCAAAUCCCUUGGCCACAUCAUGUAGAGGACAGAACUGAACCAGUAUCUCCCACAUCAUGGGCUAUAAGGGCAGCCUCCCUUUCUCCCAACUACCAUUGUGUACAGUUUGGUGCGUCUGAGCAUGUCUCCUGGAUCAGGCCUUGCAAGCGAGCUAGGAGGGGGGAUGCCUAUCUUCCCCUGGUUUGAGGAUUGCACAGAGGCUUAGGCGAAAGAUAGGUGCUUGGACGCCUGCUUGGGGCAGCAGGGUGCAUGCUCAGUGCCUUUAGGAUUUUUACAGCAAAAAUUGAGUUGCCUCAAGGGUUAGGCGGCAGCUGAACAGGAUUUUGACGAUCUCAGUGGUGCCUACAUUUUGGACUUUAGGCACCUAAAUUCUUUUGAGUGGCCCUUGGUUAUUUGCAGAGCAGGGAACAUGAUAAACUCUCAUACAGGGGCACUCACAUUGACUCCAGGACAGAUUGUGCUUUAUUGUGCUCCUUUUCGAGCUCUGCACAAUCCCCAACCCAGUGCCAUAAACACACAGUCUGGCUUUGAAUAAUUAGAUUAUUAAAUAGUGAGGCAUGAAAAACAAUUUUGUUACAUUAUUAACAGACCAUUCCCUUCCUGGGCGACUCCUCAUCUAUUCUGACUGUAUGCUGCUCAGUUCAGGGACCUUCUCUCCUUAUGUUUGUAAAGCACUUAGUACACUUUGAGCCCUGAAUAAAUUCUAAUGAUAAUGGUGUUCUCUUUCUCUGUACAUUUGCCAGAAGGCUUUAAAGGCUGAGAUCUAUUUUUUGCUUUAAGUCUCCUCUGAACAUGCCUGACUGUCUUUCAAGUCAUGGUGUUUAGUCGACUAAAAAGGAAGGAUAUGCAUUCCCUUUCUUGCAUCUGUAUGUUAGAAAAUCAGCUCAUGGUUUGCUAACACAGCAAAUGAAUUACAAAACAGCAUGCAGAUUUGCAAAACUCAAAGAUUCCUUUAGAGAAAGAGCAGUUGAUUGUGCAAGUGGAGCAACAUCUGUGGUGUUAAAAUCAGAGAAGUGCUGCCGCAGGGUGAUUAAGCAAGGUAGAAGAUGGAGGUUUGGUUACUAGACCAGAAGAAGUUCCUAACAUGGAGAGAUUUUUAUGAAGGGAUUAAUCACCUCACCUAAUAUUUGUUGAAAGAAAGGAAAGGCAAUAGCUUUUCUCCAUAAUUAAGAGACUCACUUUCCAUUAAAUACCUGAUUUUAAACCUCUGCCUUAACUUCAACAAAACUCAACCAAUCCAGUAGAAGUUUCCCAUGUGUCCCCAGCCAGAGGAGUAAAGUUUGAGAGGAAUCAAACACGGUAUUUUGGAGACAGGAGAGUCUGGACAACCAGAGAAGCAUUGCUUUUGAGAAUUCUUGUAAUUUUUUUCAAUGUCAUAUCUAAAAAGAUGCCUUGGAAGCUCCCAGGGUAUGUCUGUUAUGAGAAAUUCUGGCUACAGAGACAGAAAUAUUGGCUUGAGUGGGUUCUGGGAGCAAGAAAAGCUCCUGAAUACUUUUCCUAGCUCUGCCAUACUGUGAGCACUUGAUAUGUUGCAUUUAUCCAGAAUAGCUCAUACAAAGAUACAGAGGUAUUUUACAGACUAAUGAUUACAGACUAAAUAGCAUUAUUCCCAUUGUGCAUUCAAGGUAGGCAUAGAUAAAUUAAGUGACUUGGCCAAGAUCAUACAAUGAAGUAGUUAUGGAAUUAGGAUAAAGAACUAGGGGCCAGAGCCUCAGCUAGAGUAAAUUGGCAUAGUUCCAUUGUAGUCAAUAAAGCAAUCCUGAUUCCCAUUAGCUGAGGAUCUGACUUCACAUUUCUGACUCUCAGUUCCACACACUUAAUCCAGUAGACCACAUUUCCAAGUAAAUUACAUAAACACUCCUUUAUGUAACUUUCCUCAUGGGGCUAUAGUUACUUCGGUCCUUUAGAAGAUUAAAUAGUUAUGGGUAGUGUCAUAACGAUAAAGGGAAGGGUGUAAGAGCUGUCCUGUGUACAGUACUAUAAAAUCCCUCCUGGCCAAAGAUUCAAAAAUCC